GACAAUAACGUAGUGACGUCACCAUUUAUGUAUAGAAUGGGUUAUAAUGUGUAUGAAAAACAAUACGAGUUUUAAUUAUUUUUAUGUGGAACAAUAUUUUGAUAUGAUAUUAUCUGUCUGAUAAAUGCGUUUAAUUGUUUUUGAGCAUCGGUUUUAGUUUAAUUAUCGACUAAAUUAAGGUUUCUGACUGUGUCAGUGUUUAUCAACAUUAACAUUUUGAACGUGAACCAACCAAACAGAAAGUAAAUUUCGCAAUGACUUUGAGACUAUAGUUGGACUAUUUCAGAGAUCGUAACCUUCCCACGACCUUAGUGCACCAGGUCUGCUGUUGCGAGAUGGCGCUGCGAUGCCUGACCGGGCGGCUUGGCCACCCCGGGUCGCUGCGGUACCGAGAGGGCCUCUUCAGCAGCUGGAAUGCCGUGGCCUUUACCUCUACCACCACGGCAGGAAAUAAAAUUGUGCACGAGCGUGAAACACUAGUGAAAGAACAUCCACACAUUGAUCUGACUUUUUCGAAUCAUAAAGAGGCGUUCAGAAGCAAAACAACGAAGGAACUUAUUAGAGCUUACUGUGUCUUUCAGAUUUGCUCUAUUCCAUUAAUUGUCAAUAACAACAACAAGCUUAUGAAAUUGGCUCGCGCUAUCCUAGGCGCUAACCUGUUCCGGAAAUUGAUGAAGAUGACUUUCUACGGUCAUUUCGUGGCGGGCGAGGACAAGGUUGCCAUCCGGCCGGUGGUCAGUCGCAACAGGCAGUUUGGUGUCAAGUCCAUCUUGGACUACAGCGCCGAGGAGGACCUGUCGGACGAAAAGGUCAAGAAAACGGACGAAAGAGCAUUUAAACCGGAGCAGAUGUCUGAAAUCUCUAAAGAGCCGGACCAUCAGCGGUUCCAGUCUCAGCUAGAGAUACGUAACCGCCACAAGAACGUUGUGUCCAGCAGGACGUACUACUACGAGGGGGAAGAACAUUGUGACAGGAACAUGGAGAUCUUCCUGGACGCCAUCGACGGCGUGGCAGAUGCCACUAACAAAACGGGGUUCUGUGCUAUCAAGUUAACUGCGCUGGGAAGACCGGAACUUCUGAUCCAAAUGUCCGAUGCUUUGGUCUCAACACACGAGUUCUUCAACAAUCUGAUUAGUACGGAGGAGUCCGAGGGUGAGGAUCGACAGGAGUUCCGUGACGAUGUCACUCGUGGCUUCAACCGAAAGGAGUUUGUACUCAAACUGCGAGAGCUGGGAGUGACGGUCACUGACGAAGAUUGCGAGCGCUGGUUUUCCAUGCUCGAUCUCGGACAGGACGGCCAUGUAGACAUAUUUGAUUGGGACAACCUGCUCGAUGUUAACAUGGAACUCUCCAAGCUGUUUGCAGUACCCGACCCGGAGACUGGUGAAUUAAAGUCGCUGAUCAAAAGAAUGCCUCUGGAAGCAGAGAUGGAGAUGAGAAACAUGUUACAGAGAGUCGACAACAUCGCCAGGUAUGCGAUGGAGCGAGAUGUGCGUGUGAUGGUGGACGCUGAGCAGUCGUACUUCCAGCCGGCCAUCAAUCGCCUUACCAUGGAGUUGAUGAAGAAGUUCAACAAAGACAAGGCUAUCAUCUUUAACACCUACCAGGCCUACCUUAAGGCGGCUUAUGACAGCAUCAAGUUGGACCUUGACACUGCCUACAGGAACAACGUCUACUUUGGGGCUAAGCUUGUCCGAGGGGCGUAUAUGGAGCAGGAACGCGCCAGGGCGGCCGCUAUAGGUUACGAGGACCCAAUCAACCCCACAUUCGAGGCGACGACUGCCAUGUACCACAAGGUGCUGCGGAAGGUGAUGCGUACCAUACAGACACGUGAGAAGGGUCGCGUGGCUGUCAUGGUUGCUAGUCAUAAUGAGGACACCGUCAAAUACACCGUUGAGUUAAUGAAGGAGUAUGGAGUGCACCCCGAUGACAAGGUGAUCUGCUUCGGUCAGCUACUGGGCAUGUGUGACCAGGUCAGCUUCCCGCUCGGCCAGGCAGGUUACUCGGUGUACAAAUACGUGCCAUACGGUCCUGUGGAGGAGGUGCUUCCCUACCUGUCCCGUCGCGCCACGGAGAACAAGGGCAUACUGGCCAAGGUCAAGAAGGAGAAACGGCUGCUGCGCAAGGAGAUCUGGCGCAGGAUCACACGGGGGCAGUUCUUGUAUGACCCACUGAAACAUAUACCCGCUCUAAGUGGCAAUAAAUAGGCUGUUCAUAUUUAAAGUUAGAUCCCUUUACUGAUACUCAUUGUUUGUUACUGUUACUGGUUUGUACAUUAUGAUCAUACGUGUUGUUUUUAUUUUGUAUGCUGCGGACGUUGUUUUUUUACAAUUUAGAUCUUUUCUUGUUUGUCAGUCUUGUAAACUGGUUGUUUUAGCUCACCUUAGCAUAUUAGUGUUUAUGGGCAGCUUUAAGGACCGUGUUGUCCGUCUUCCGUCAGUCCGAACGUCCGUACUUUUUUCUUCCAACGAAUUCUCCACCUGACCCGCUUAGCAGAUUUUAACAAAACUUUACCCGGAGGAUCCUUGGGUAACUCUCAAAGUGGUUCAAAGCGCUCCGGUCCGUUCCAAAUGUAUUUUACCUGAGUUUAAAAUAUACGUUUAAAAAGAUUUCCGAUAAUUACGACACUAUUACACUGUAAUAAUAUUUGUAGUGUUCAAUCCACGCUUCACGCUUAAUUGAUCUUUCAUUUUGUGUGUGUACGUGUACAUUUCACUGGGAAAGUUUUAGACAUGUCCAUUAGAUUGAGAUCGUUAUAGACGUGCGUUUGGUUUGUGAUAAGUUGUGGGGUACGUGGGAGGUCCGGCGUGCCCUAAAGGGGCGCUGAUUUGACUAUUCAAAGAGGGUAAUCCCAGUUUUGAUUAAUCCCAUCGUUCACUAAAUUGAAAACUGAAAACGUCAAAUAUAAUUGGUUUAAAACUAUUUUAAUAUUUGGCGUCUUUUAAUUUGUUCGAAUCUCACCCAUGUGGUCAAAACCUGCCACGCCUAAGGGUCACUUGAUAUAUAUGGACUUAUAUUGUACAUAACUUAGAAAUUGUCUUAAGCUAUCGCAAGUGUGAUGGAAUAUUCUUUCAGUAUGCGUUAUUCGUAGGGUGGUCCUCUAUACAGAUAGUUCAAAUCAUGCUCCUGGGGUAAUUAUUGCCCUUCUCUAGGGUUCACUUGUUUCUAAACGAUUUCUAUAGAACUUUAAUUUUUAAUUAUAAUAUCUGAGCCUGUAUCAAGCAGCGUGCAAAACGAGAUAAAAACCCAUAUUCAUUAAACAAACAUAGAAAUAUCUACACAUGACAGGUUAUUUUCACCAUGUAUCUGAUGAGAGACCUAGGCUCUCUUGACAUCUAUAAUAUUGUAAGAAAUACAUGUCUCUAAUGAAUGUAACAACCCCGAUGAUUUCCAUGCCAUGCGGAUUAACAUUUUUAAUGAAAAAUAAGAAAAACAAAUGAUGCGCCAAUUGCUUUCUUUUUGAAAUACUCGUUUCAAAGCCCACUGUCACGUUUUAUAUAUCAUCUACGUUCUAUAUGCAAUAUAUUGUCAAUUGUUUUAAUCCGUUUCCAUCAGUUACUUAUUUGUGAGUCUCACAUAGAGAAUUUCUCCAGGGUUUCUUUUUUAGGAAGUCAUAUAUAAAGAUACUGAACAUGUAGGUAGGAAACUGUUAACUGUUUAUGGUACAUAGCAGUAUGAAUUCUUUAUAAAUGGUUUGAGUCCUUCGGGUCGGACAAAGUUUGUUUGUUAUCUACUAUAAAAUGACACAGAAUGCUGGGUCAUCCUCUCUAAUGCUUUUUUUUAACGUUUUAUUUGCAAAUCUUGAUUUCAAAUGAAUUUCAAUGCCUUUACCGUCGUUUUAUUGCACGUCUUGAAAAAUCAUGUUUGCAUGUAUUUAAGUUAAAUAAAUCAUUUUCGUCCAUAGCAUCCUGCCAAAACAUAUCAGCCGUUUAAUAGAGGUCAUGAAACGCCAUUGUUUGUUUGUUGUAGGAUUUGUAGGGUUUAAUAGCUGUUGUUAACGCUAUGUAAACGUAUUUUGAUUCGUUUGCUUUAAUUGUUAAAAUAGAAUCUCUUUAUUUACUCGUGUAUAUACACGGAGAAAUCACGUGAUAGUCAAGAUGCCGAUGUCCAUGACCAUACAGAUGUUUUUCGCCGUAAUAUACCCUUUAUUACUUUUGUUUAAUUUUUAAACGACGCUCAUUUUUCCGGCAUAUCAGUAAAAGGUGAUCAGCGUUUAUUUCAUAUUAAAUUCCCUUUAUAUCUCGACUUUACUCCCCGCGAAUUUUCUUAGGGGAGCUGUAAUUAUGUCAUCCCGCUAAAAAAAUUCGCAGCGAGUAAAGUCGAGAUAUAGAGCGAAUAUUAAUACGAAAUAAAUCUAACAAACGUUCUUGCUGAUAUAGCUGGAAAGUGAUCGGCAUUUAAAAAUUAAUAAAAGUAAUAAAGGGCAAAUAAUGACGAAAAAUACCUGCCUCCAUUGUGUACACACCGGUCUUACUGACCUGUGUACUAAUGCGAAAUGAAUUGUGGGUAGCACUUCUUUUACGAGUGAAAAGUGAAUGCGAAAGUAGGUCAGGUAAUCGUGCUUCUGAUAAUCGCCAAAACCUUAAACCUACUACCUAUUUUACAACAUAUCUAGUGGAUAUUUUAUUCUUUUAAUUAAAUAAUUAUCUGACUUUUAAGCAGAUUAAUCUAAACCUUUUUAAAUAUCCAUUUCUGAUGUUAUAAUAUCAUGCUUUAUAUUUUAUGUAUAUUUGUCUUUUAAUUUACAAAUUGAUUUCAGUCUUUCAGCUUUUGUACAAUUGUUAUCCUUAUUCUAUAUGUUUUGUAAUCGAUUGUACAAGCUGCAUAAGCUUAUGUUAAUUGUUUUUAUUCACUCUUGCCGACUCAAAAUAAAUCUUAUCUUAUCUUAUCUUAAUACUAGUGCUUAAACCACUAGGUCAUCCGUACAGCAUUGUAUUUUAUACUUUACAUAAGCCAUCCUCAUAAUGUCACAAAAUAUAACGAUAAAAACAGACCUUUCUGUACUAUUCAAUCGUUUCGGGUUUGUAACGCGUUAUAAUUACUAAGUAACAGGCUCUUAUAUCGUCAAGAGUUGCAUAUAAUUGAUAUUUCAUAGCAUGGACAAUGUUCACUACUACUCUUUCCUCGCAACUAUUAUAAUUAAAUGCACGUUUGCAAAUCUAAAACAAUUCGUCAAUUUACCAAAACGUUAAAAGGUCCCUUUAAAAUUAUAAAUAGGGUAUACUGUUGUUCAUGAUAUUCAAACAUGUUUAGGUAUGUGCAGGUGUUGUUGAAUUGGAAUCUCGUGAUUGACACGUGAAGACACUAAGUUUGUUUUGUGAAUUAAACAUAACUAGAUAUUUU